GGUGAGAUUUUACCAAAAGUUUUAUUCCUAAAAUACAUUGAGAUAGACCUAACAUAUAUGUUACAAGUGUUUGAAAUGAUAAAUUAUCGUCAUAUUUAUUUUAAUCCGAAUAUUAUAUCAUCACGAAAAUUUCUUAUGCUCCAAGAUUUCCGAAGUUAUGAAAUAGAAAUAGUUCCAAACACAGUCCCCAGGUGGCACCACUUGUGACGUCACACUUGCCAAACUGUAUUGUAAGCAAAAUAUUCCUGUGUGUUUUAUGGAGCCGGUGAUUUUCCAACGUUUUCUUCAAUUGUUUUAAUAAAUGAUGGCACAAUUAUUGGUGGAAUCGGAGGAUGGAUAUAUUGAAGAUCCAUACAACGUGCAGCCUUAUCAAUAUGAGCCAAUUUUGCGACAAAUUCGGCCCGACGAAAGCGAUGAUGAAUCGGAUGACGAGGUCGAAGACGAAGAUGCAGAGCAUGCACCUGCAUUUCGAGCAGAAAGAGUUGGAAAUACGGACUGGUGUGAGUGUGGAAAUUGUCUACCAAUGGGGAAUGGUUUGGAAAGCAGAUGCUGCCAAGAAAAUUCUGUUUUGACGGAAAAAAUACAGGAAGAAGGCCUUACUUGCAUCAUUGAGCAUGAGGGAUUCGAUGUAAAUUGUUUGAACCGGCAUGUGUUGGAGUGUUCCUUUUGGACUUAUGCGCAGGAACAAGGUCCCAUUGGUGAUGAGGAACCAAUAAACGAAUUGUAUAGAUACAUUGCCUAUCGAAGAUUUGUGACAUGGACCUACCACAGAUUAGGACGGAAAAACAGACGAGUUCUUCCAUCAUGUGUGGUUUCAAGGAUCAGGGCUCAAUGGGAAAGUGAGGACUUUAAUUAUAAAGGUUUCAAAUAUCCACGCCCUUAAUUUGUAUACAAAAAUAGUUAAUAAUAAAUCCAUAUGUAAAGAAAGAA